AUGGUGGGGAUUUCUUCCUCAACGCCUUGGGGUAACGUCGCCUCCCAGACUCAAGAUUCAAACAAAGGCUUUUUCAAUCUUGAUUCAGAGGUUCCUUCUCCACCUAAAUCCCGUUCGUUUAAAGAUGUUCUUUUAGGAUCAUCAGGUGAUACCUUACCUUAUAUUACUCAAACUACUUUUAAUGGUAUGCUGGUUGUCUUGAUCUCUGACAAUAAAGUUUUAAAACCUGUUUCCCCCUUUCGUUUUAUGUUGGUUGGUAAGUUUGGCAUCCGUCAGCCAAACCUUGAUGCGAUUCGAGCUUUUUUCGUGUUGCAUGCCCUUGGUUCGAUCUUUGGUCGGCCUUUACAAACGAACCAGGCAACUGCAUCAAGAACCCGACCUUCUGUUGCCCGGGUUUUAGUUGAAGUUGACAUUACUAAGAAGCAUGCUAAGGAAGUUUGGGUGGGUUCUAAAGCUCUUGGUUAUUUACAAAAGGUUGAAUUUGAAAAGUUUCCUAAUUUUUGUAAUCAUUGUAAAUCUCACGAUCAUGCAGUGUCUGAAUGUUUUAAACUACAUUCGGAGCUCAAGAAGAUUUCCAACAACUCCACUAGAAAGGUGGGAAUUGCGGCUACUGCUAAUGAUAAAACAGAGAAUUUGGCUCCUGUGUUACAGGAUGAAAACCUUUCCAAUGUUGAGAAGGUUGGAAAUGAUACUAUAAUUGCUUCGGAAAAUAUGAUGCUUUUAGAUAAGUCUAACAAUUCUCCUGUGAAAGAUUUGGUCAAUGAGAAACAUACUGAAGAUUAUAAAUCUGAUAAGGGGAAUGAGUAUAUGGAGGAAUGCGAAGAAGGGGAAUAUAUCCCCAGUAAUAAUCCGAUGGGAUCAGAGGACCUUAAUGGUAAUAAGGGAAAUGUGGAUUCUCAUAUGAAGACUUCUUCAUCUAGCACCUUUCAUAAUGUUACUAAAAUGAAUGAGGAGGAAGGCUCUCCCAAGAUGAAUAAGAAAAAAAAAAAGAAAAAUGGCAAAGCCCCUUUACUAGAUACACCACUUUCUACUAGGGCUCAAGCUAAUACCAAAAGUUCUAAUGAUUAA